AUGCCCUGUGAUAUAAUGGUCAGUGGGAAAAUGAUAAAUAGCAUGGUAAAGGUGUAGAAUACUGGCCAGAUAGAUAGAAAUAUAGAGGUUACUGUUUUGAAGGUAAAAAACAUGGAAAAGGUAUCUUAAAUUUUGUUAAUAAUUCUAGAUGUGUAUAUACUUAUUAUUCUAUUUUUUUUUAGGGGAUUUCUUCUAAAAUGUCUGCAAGGAGAAGGAACUUAUAUUUGGCCAGAGAAUAGAGUUUAUAAAGGAUAAUGGAAAAAUAAUAAAAUUCAUGGCAAUGGCAAUGGAUAAAUGAUUUUGCAAGAUAGUCGUCAAUAUAUUGGUGAAAUGAUUCUCAUAUUUAAAUGAAGAAGAUAAAAAACAUGGUAAAGGUGUCUUUGUAUGGUCUGAUGGUAAAAAUUUAUAGAAACCUGGAAAUAAGGUUGUAUUAUGAACUUAUUUCUUAGGAAAAUUACAUGAAGUUGGAAUCUAUUAUUUAUAAAAUAAAGCUCUAGUUGGUGAAUGGAAUGAAGGAAUAAGAAAUAAGCGGUUUGAAUAAAAUGAAGUUGAUUAAUUAAUUAAAGAACAAAAAAUUAAAAGAGAAGAUUUGUUUUUAUAAAAUUGAUACAUCUCAAAUAUAUCUAAUCUUAAAUCUUAUCAUUUUAUGUCUUUGA